GUGGUUGAUUUACGCAAUGGCGGCCCCCUCGAACCAAGUAUGUUAUUGUUUGUUGAUGGCCUAUUCUCUCCGAUUCGACGUUUUUCUAGCCGUUUUUAUCUCCUAGAUUUGUUCAUGAAUUGAUCGCGAACAACCAGAGUAUCUUUACGCAUGGGCGUUCCUCUUCCAAAGCUACCCUUACGCUUAGAAUUCCGGGGGCUAUUGUAAGCCUUCAAAACGAAAACACACAAGAAAACAACUUGCCAAUCUCGGCUUUGUUGCUAGUGGCCGGAAUGCUACGUUUGUUUAUUUUUGCCCUUGCUGGUUUGUCAAAGGUAGAUUAUGCUCCUCGGUGGCUCUCUUACCUCAGCCUGAGUUAAUUGCGUUUUUCUGCGUUGUGCAACCGCGGUGACCUAGGUUGAAUUGAACCUAUUGUUCUUCGCAGAUGUUUUGCCGAUACACCUAUUGUAGAGCGAGCAGCGUAGUUAAAUCGGUGCCACAGCGUCGAUUUUUGUGGAGAACUUCGAAGCAAAAUUGGGUCAGUCGGCGACAUCGUCCAUGUCCCGCAAUUUCGAAAGUUUCUGUUUCAUCCCCGUUCUUCAAUGGCGACAAUACUCUCUGUUUACACCUGGCAUCUGUUUGUCACCGCGGCGUUGCCGAAGCUCGCCAACGGACGUUGGUAAGUUCGCGGUCGGAGUUUGCGUUGCGUGACCGCUCUCUUGUCUGUUGGCUGGGGCUAGUUAUGUCUUGGGCGUGUUUCAAUUUGGUAGCUCUGCCUUAUCGAUACUGGGAUCUCAUCACCUGUGCCCUUAUAUUGCACCAAGGUGGAUCGAAUUUCGGUUGGGAGGGCCCCUUUGCCCCUUUUGAUCGCUUCGUGGGGGCGAUCUUUUGGGACCUUGGGGGACUAUGUGCCGUGGACGACGCAAGUAAGUGCAGUUUAUCUAAUCGACCUCUCGAAAGGGUUUUUAGGAUUUUUAUUUUGUUUUUUUGUUUUUUGUUCUGAUAUCGUAGCGAGCUGUAACCUUGAACUUUCCGUUUAUAUUUAUCGGUCAGCGCGGGCACCUAAUCUUUCGGCUCCAAUGUGAAUGAAUCUUCGUUUAAUCGGAGAUCGUCUAGACAUCAUUUUUGUUUGUAUUAUGUUUUUGAAGUUGGACGGCGGUAUGAAUUUUUAUGUCGCUGUUCCCUUCUACUCCGUUGUCAUUUAGCUUGGUUUUGCAUUACCGAUUUUCUGGCGGGUCCGGCGUAUACCUAAUAUUUGUUUUAUUUUUAUUUAUUUUUUAAUUUUUUGUGUGUAGCACUUUUGUUCCUCUUUUUUUUUUUUUAAUUUUGCGUCAGAGUUUGGCUUUUGUUUUUCUUUAUUUCAGAUCUUUCACGAACAAAAGAAGUAGUGUUUGAGGUAAAAUUUUAAAAACCUUGUAUGACUCUUAAUAAUUGGUGUGCAUUCCAGGAUCACCAAAGAUGCGAAGUUCGAACUUCCAAGAGCUCAUGCCAAAGAUAUCGGGAACAAAUGAACAUCAACGGCAGGACAAGCCUUCCUAGGCCUCGCAGAUUUUGAAAAGUGCUCCACAUGUCACAUAGCCAUAUCUUUCUAUGUGUACUUAUGCAAUGUACUUUAGGAAAAAUAUACAGCAUAUUUCUCCCUAAGCCUUCAAAUGGCUUCGCUCAUUAGAUUGUCUUCUAUACAUAGAAAAAGUCAGGCGGGUAGCCAGGAUUUUGUUUCGGGGGGGGGGGGGGGGGGGGGGGGGGGGCCGGGCCGGGGCCGCCGCCCAUGACAAAAUGCUUUAUGAGGAGGAGGGGGAGAGGAGGCCCCAGCAAAAUAGAAUAUUUCAGGGGGGGCCCAGGCCCCAUGGGCCACCCCCCUGGCUACAUGCCUGGAAAAAGUGCCUUUCUGUAUUGACAUUGUGUAUAUGUGGUGUAAACUUGUUUUAUUUAUCAGUGAUUGCCAUUAAUUAGGACACUGAUUACAAAUGGUCUUUCAUAUUUGUCCAUGAAUAAUUUUGCUAAGCAAACACUUAUGCUGUCAGUGCACUUUUUUGUCUAGAUCUCAGUGCAUUGUGCAUGAAUUGUCUUUGAAACGAAGUGCCGUGUCUGCCAAUGCAAUUUCAAAUGUUGAUGCUACCAUAUUUGAUCUGUGUUUUAUUAUUCAUGUUUCAAUAUCAGUGCCAAUUGAAAUGGUCAUACUUUGGUUUCGAUUGAUAGUAGCCAUUCUUAUCAACACAGCACUCGUGGUUGCAACUUGGAGUAUAGGGUCCUUGUAUUUGUUGUCACUUCUGGCUCAAAUUCUGCAUUAUCAAUGUUGGUGAUUUUUAGCCAUGUCUUUCUGCGAGUAGAGGGAGUGUUUUACGAAUCACUCGAGUUCUUUUGCGUUCUUAUAUACUGCGCCAGCCAGAGUAGUCGAAAAUAUAAAAGAGCAUCGACUGGUACUCUAUUUGUCCCGUCUUUAUUCAAGCUUAGGACGAGCUGGCGCUUCAAAAGUUGGAUAGUCGGUGUCCAAAAGGGCCGUGGGGAACACCACUGGAGCAGGAACAUGCUGCUGGGUAGUGCGUUUAAAAACUACAUAAACUGAUGUCAGUACAAAGACCCUAUACCAAAAUUUCAUCAUUGUUAUACAAGUUUUCGAGUUGUUUCUGCUUGUGUAUUCUUUUUUGUUUUUGGUUUGAUCACAGUGAGUUGUACAAAUACUAGCAGUUUGGUUAUUUGUGCCAUCUAAAUGGUAAUUUUCUGAGGUAUGUUUCAACAGUUAGUCCCUGUACAAGGUGUUUUUAACUGUUAUUCAGUUAUGGUUCAUGAAGCAUUGACUUUACAUUUCUGGCACGGUGUUGAGUACCUUACUUUUUAAACUCCUUGUGUCUCAUGUAGCAUGUGAAUUCACUGUUGGUCACAGCCGCUGAAGCUGUUGUCUUUUAUGCUGUGUUUGUUUCCUUUUUUUUUUUUAGCCUGGGUAAUCUGCCAAGGAAUUUUCUUAUUUCCAAUUUUGCAUUGAUUGACUGUUGAUGGGGCAUGAUUAUACAAAAUUUGCCAUGUUGCAAUGAUUCUCUUAAUCUAACCGUUACACCAAUCCUCUUUCCAGCGGCAUCGUAUUAUUUAAUGGUGCCUACAUUGGUCCCUUUAAUAUGUCUGAGGAAUGUCACAUUUUCUGGCAUAUUUGAAGCUCUCUGUACCUAAAAUGCAGUUGUGUACCUACUAUUAUACCUAAUUAUGCAGAAUACAAUUGCUUUAGUCUCCUUUAUGCCCGAUUGGAAAAUAGCUUUACUGUGCUGUUUGUUUCUCAAGGGGAGAGGGAAGAAGUCCCUUCUGUACACUUCACCCUACCUGCACGCAGCUGUUGAGGAAGGCUUUUAACUUGAAAAUACUGGGCUUUCGGUCCAUGACUUUUAAAACUAGUUAUAUUUGAAAUGUAUUUAAAAUAAAGCUUCCGGUACUGUUAUUUUCUUGUAAGCAGAUUCUAACUGGGGUUUCACGUUUCACUAAGUAAUUAACCUACAGAUUUACAUGCUGACAUGCCAGGGAGCAGUAAGCGUGCCAUAUACUUGACCGGUCCCCAGUGUGAGCAUACAGGCUUUCCCAAUGUACUGGCUGUGCCUGGACUUGGCACACAGUCAAAACACUGGCAGCCAGCUUGCUCAUGCGAGGGACGAACCAAACUUCUCAUCUUACCGGUAAUUACGCAAGUUCUGUGUUCUGCAAGUAAUUUAAUAGUUUGAUCAAUUGCCGUCUUUGCAACGAACAACUGUUGCUCGUAAACCUAAAUUUCGGUUUGAGGUCUAAGUGUCUCUUGGGGGGGAAUGUUCUCUGCACGGGGCCUGCAGACUCGCCGGAGUAUGCUGGGUUCGGUGAAGCCAGAGAAUGCGUCAACUGUGGCGCCAUCUCCACGCCCUUGUGGCGCAGGGAUGGCACCGGCCACUACCUGUGCAACGCGUGUGGGCUCUACCACAAGAUGAAUGGCUCCACCAGACCCAUCGUGAAACCACAACGGAGAAUGGUUGUCCCAGCUGACCUUAUGUCAUCGUGCUUUUCCCAGCAACAACCGAGCGUUUCCCGUCGAGUCGGGUUGUGCUGUUCGAACUGCGGCACCACCACCACCACGCUGUGGCGGAGGAACAAUGAGGGUGAACCCGUCUGCAACGCCUGCGGGCUCUACUUCAAACUGCAUAAUAUUAACAGGCCUUUGGCCAUGCGGAAGGAGAGCAUCCAGACACGCAAACGCAAACCCAAGGGCAAGAGCACUCCUGACAGCAAGGGAGGCCUGGCCCCGGAAAACCUGUGCACCUCUACCAAGGUUGAGAAGGAAGAACCCUUAGACACCAAGGGCGCGGAAGACGAGGAUGCCCUGCAGCGCUUGGCUUCGUGCUCGUCUACUCGUUCGACGAGCAGUACGUCGUCACGGUCGUCCCUGAGCAUCCUGCCCGUCCAGGACAAAGCCUGGAACACAUACGACGACUACGAGGGCACCAGCCACAGCGACAACACCGACAAGAACUCGGACCACGCGAGAAUCAUUGACCUGGCCUGAUCCUCGGGCCACCUGCAGGACUCGUCCCCCUACCUGCACCUCGGUUCAACCCCAGGACACUGCGCCGGUUUGGCAGUUGACGCAACAAAGUCUCCACGACGGGCCCAACGGCACUGGCGGCGUGGCUGGAGGCGUUCAUUAAAUCGGAACCAAUAGGUUUAUUGGCGUAAGUUAUCAUGAGCAAAUUCGUUUAAUUUCAGUUGCGCGCCAUUGAAAAACGUGUACAUUCUGAGCACCCGAUGUAGGUCUUUCCGAAAUCAAAGUGCGACAACCGAGACAUCAACUCGUGAGACAAGUCUGCAGGACGUUUGACAGUCGAAAAGUGUCUUUGAAGUUUUACGGUUUCCUUUGAUCGUCGGAAUUUUUUUAACGAGACAAGUCUGCAGGACGUUUGACAGUCGAAAAGUGUCUUUGGAGUUUUACGGUUUCCUUUGAUCGUCGGAUUUUUUUAACGAAUGCCUUCGGCCACGCUUAAGAAUGAAAUGUGUCGUUGCGAGUACUUUCAAGAACGGCUCGGUGAGGACUCUGCGAGUGUCCGGGGUGUCGCCUCAGCCGCCUCUCCAAGAGUGGCGCGUUGUUCCCUCAUCCCCUCUUACUUUUUUAUUCUCUUCCUCGUUUGUUUUAUUUUUAGAGCAUUGCACCGUUGACGAACGUAUCCAUAACUGUGAUUUUACUCUGUAGAGCGUACGUGUAAUGCCGGUGGCAAGCCAUAGAGGCGUAAAACGCGAAGUGCUUGCCAUAACGGGUUACUUUGAGGUUUGGCAGUUUUAGGGCUCGGGUGCAUCGGAAGCGCAGGUCUGGCUAUUUUGCCAGUCUCCAUACAGGCCUUGAAAGAGCAGCUGUUUGUUCUUCUUUUGUGUUAAUAAUAACAUGACCCAAGCGAGAUUACGGGGUUAGCCAACGACGAGGCUUUUGGUUGUGUUUUGCCGAGUUUAGGCAGAAAAAAAAAAGAGUAGCGGAUUCGAGCUUAUUUAUCUCGUUGAACUCGAAUGUCCCGCAAAAGUGUCUCUUGGCUUUGAAUCUCCUCGAUGAUAGAACUGGACCUCCGUGUUGCAUGAAUUGUGAGUAUGCACGAGGACUCGAGUAGGGUGCAAUGGACCUAAGGUGUGAGCACACACGCUGUCUGUUCUUGUUGCCGUGCUGAACUAGCUGACAGAGAUAUGGCACCGUGACACUUUGCUAUGCCUUUGAAUUGUGACACGCUGCUAAGGAAUCGCUUUUACAUGAAAUUGCAGUAGGAAAGUUAACUUCGAACGCUCUCUGCCUACUGUAUAUAGAUGACCUCUUAGCAGCACGGUUUAACUUGGACGUCAAGCGUGCGAGAUAAGCACCCGCAGACGCAGAAUGUUGUGAGCUCUACCCUGCUUUUGCAGCACCUCUUUGAUUUGCAGAUUGCGGCAUGUCCAUAAGCAGUCUACUCGAAAUACUCAAACCUAGUUUUUUUUGUGAUAGUUUUGGGCUGUAGUGACAACCACCAUGUUUUUAUAUGGUUCCAGACGUACUUUAUUUAUCGGUACUUGUAGGUUCGUAGUGCAGGCUUUCCUGCAGCGAGCACUGUUUUCUGUCCAAGGCUAUGCGUCGACGUACUGCGGAUGUUUCACACAGCAAUUGAGAUGUGUGUUUCUGAAUAGAAUUGCACUAAAAACAUCCAUCUUUGUACUUCCAUCUGCUAUGUUUACUUUGUUUUUUUAUGUGUACCUGCAACAUUGCUAAUCUGUGUUUUACGAUUUGGAAGUCACCUUCAGGUUGAUGGUUUUACUUUAGUUGCUGAGUAUAUUUAUAAUAAAACAUUAUUUCACCACACCA